AAUUUGAUUCUUUGCCAAUUCUUAGGCUUCGCUUGUUGUAUCUAAAUUUAGAUUAAACCGGAAAAAAUUACUGAAUGGAAUCUUAAUCCUCACAUUUAAUUGUAUUCUUUUUUCUCAAGUAAUCUAAUCCUUAAUCAUUGUAAUCCAACAAUUUAAAUUAUUCCUUUCCCUUGAUAACUAUGAGAUCAACAUAUUCCCGUUACAUUGUAUCCACACUUUGGCUCAUAAUUUAUAUUCAUUCAGGAUCAUCUUUGGAUAAAGUGUUUUCUGCUUAUACAACUGAAGCUUUUUUCCUAACAAUUAACGAUGGACAAUUUGGAGAAACGAUUAACUCACCCGAUCCAUUUGAAUUCAUACCAACAAUCAAAGGUUUUCCUGAUCUACCAAAUUGGAUUAACUAUCGAUUUCCAAAUGGAUCUAAAUUUGCAUAUCUCUAUGGAACACCAAAGUCCCCUGGCAAUUUCACCAUCGAAGUGAUUGCAAUCAACAAACGCUCUUACGAUACUUAUCAAGAUACAAUUCGAAUUCAAGUUUCGCCUCGAGAAAAUUUGGCUCUUUACGAAUUACAGUUUAAAUUGACUAAUCUCAAUUUAGAAAAUAUUUUUAAUCAAGAAAGAUUAACUGAAUUACUGACAAUUUAUCGAGAUUUACUUUGGAAGGAAUCGAAGGACAUUUAUUUCACCAAGAUCGUUUCUCCUCGAGAUUUAGGUGGACAAUUACCUGCAAGUCCUAAAGAGAAAGAAGGAGUAAUCAUAAGAAUUGGAAGUACUAAUAAUUUCUCGCGAGAUUUACUUGAUUUAGAGCGAGAAGUUGAGCCAAUUAAGAAUCGAGACCCUUGUCCAUCUCGAUAUAAGUUCACUCGAUUCGAACAUUUUUUUCGAAACAAAAAGUUCUUUUGUGAUUGGUGCAGUUUUAAGAUGAUUAAAGAACCAAUUGUCCAUCAGAUUGAUGACAUAAUAUUAAUCAAUUUAGACAACAAUAUAACUCUAUCCCCAAUUAGACCAAUUUGGCCUGAUAAUGAGACAAUUUUAAUUCCAAUGUCAAUAAUCAGUUUUAAUUAUCGUAAUUAUCAAGAUGAUCUAUUGUAUUGUAUUUACAUUCCACUUGGUGUUUGCUUAAUUGUUGCAAUCCUUUUAUUACCAAUGUUAUUUACCAAAGAUACAAUUGAUCCAGUUGAGCUAAUUGAACCUGAAUUAACUAAAUACAAAUCAAUUGAAAGAGCCACUUCUCAACUUCGUGAAUUACCAUAUCCACAAUUAACUAAAUCAUCACCAUUACAAUCAUGUAUCUACACUUCCAAGAUGAAGCCUCCAGUUAUUAACAAUCAAUCAUUUAAUUACUCAAGUUUACCUCGAUUAGAGCAUCGGAAACAAUCAACAAUUAGUGUACAAGUUUCAUUAGUUUGAUUUGAUGAUUAAAAACAAAUUAUAACGAUCAGAUUGUAAUUCAAUUACUGGUGAAUCCCAUGAGAGGUUAAUUGUUGCCAGCACCAGGUGACACUAGAAAUCAUUUGAAUUGUCAACAAUUAACUUGGUAAAUGUUGUUGACUCUGAAAUGUUGAUUAACAUAUUCUAAUGUUGAUUCAAUUUAAAUUAACGAUGGUCAUUAGAUUGUCUUAUGAGACUCUGAUUAACUUAAUGAUCUUUAUGGUAAUUUAUUCAACGGUCACUUCCGUUGGAUUU